AUGAUCCUGGCCAAGGAGUUCAACAGAAACCGCUUUGCAAGAGACAGUGACUUCACAAUAUCCACCAACGGGCCUCAACCGCCGACAAUCGUUCAGUUCGGCGCCAACGUCCCCCAAGAACUCGCGCGAGCUUCAUCCCUGGUGGCUCCUUUCAGCAACGGCGUGGACCUGAACUGCGGCUGCCCCCAGUCGUGGGCCUGCGCCGAGACGCUCGGCGCCGCCCUGAUGGAGAAGCGGGAGCUGGUGCGGGACAUGGUCGUCGAGACCCGGGAGCAGCUGCGCCGAGACGGAUGGGCCGUCGACAAAGAGAAGGACAUGGACAACCCGAAGGGGCGGAGUGUGAGCGUCAAAAUCCGCAUACACAAGGAUCUCCGCAAAACAAUCGACUUCAUCACCACGGUCCUCGGCCCGGACCAAGACCGCCACAUCGACUGGCUGACCAUCCACCCGCGCACGCGCUCCACGCCCUCGAGCACGCCCAUCGACCUCGAAGCGCUCGAGAUCCUGACGUCCACCUUCGGCUCGCGCGUGCCGAUCAUCCUGUCAGGCGACGUCUUCGCGCUCGACGCGCUGCCCUUCACCUCCCCCUUUCUCACUCCCACCCCGACAACGACGACGACCAUCAUCACCACCACAGACCCCCUCCCACAACCACCACCACCACCAGAACCCCCGCACCUCCACCACCUAGCCGGCCUGAUGUCGGCCCGCGCGCUGCUAUGCAACCCGGCCCUGUACGCAGGCGCCCCGACCUGCCCGUGGGGCGCGGUGUCGACCUUCCUGAGCAACGCGGCGCGCAGCGCGCUGCCGUUCAAGCUGGUGCUGCACCACGCGAGCGAGAUGCUGGGGCCCGGGAUGGGGCCGGACAAGCGGGCGCUGCUGAGCAAGGGGGAGCGGGCGGCGAUGAUGGCGCGGUGCGGGAACAUGCUGGACUUGAUCGAUUUCUUGGAUGGGAAGGCUCCGGCCGGUGGGUUGGAGAGGGUGGGGAUUGGUGGGAGGGGGAGGGAGGGACUUGAUUCAGGAUUAAUUUAA